AUGAAAGGCGUUAAGCGUUUCGGUAAAAAAGGGAAACUUAGCCCGAGAUAUGUUGGUCCUUUUCAAAUUCUGGAGAAGGUUGGACCCGUUGCUUAUCAUAUUGCCUUGCCUGAAUAUUUUGGAGAGAUUCAUGAUGUUUUCCACGUGUCGUCAUUAAAGAAGAGCUUUGGGCAUCAAGAACCGCGUUUCGUUGACCCCGGAAGCAUUCAACUUCGACCUGAUCUCACGUAUGAAGUUGUUCCAACUCAAAUCUUGGAUAGAAAGGAGCAACAGUUGAGAUCUAAGACGAUACCAUUAGUUAUGGUAUCAUGGGUAGAUCAUUUGGCUCAGGAUUUCUCUUGGGACAGAGAGGUAGAUAUGAGAAAGUUCUACCCUUACUUGUUUGGGUAA